AAUGACCUUAAAGUUAAAACCUCUAUAAUCGAAAUAAAAAAAAUAUUCUCUUCUUUCUGUAGACUGGUUUUUUUACGAGAAUAACGGUAAGGGAAGUGGACAUGAGCAUACCGGUUAUAUCCAGAGACACAUUCGAAACUUGGCUAACAAAGUACCGUCUGAGCUUAAAAAGUAUAAGCGGCGUAAGGUACCCCAGGUGGAAGAUCCUGAAAUGGUCAGGGCAGCUGAAAAAUGUGCCAAAAAGGAAGCAUCGACUGCCAACUUCACAUUUAUUCGAGAUACUAUGGUCGAAUGUAGUAAACUGCACUUGACGCUGAUUGAUCGAAAGAAAAGUGCCAACGAGAUCAUGGCUGUUUUUCCUCAUUUUCGUUCGUAUAGUGGCAAACUGAUUCAAAUAUUUUACGAGGGAAUGCACGACAACUACAGCAAGAACAUAGACCUCAAAAACAUUUUUGCUAAAGGUCUAUUGCUCGGUAAAAGUGCGUUCGAGAGGGUAGAGGAUGAUAAUCUAAGGGGAUGUCUUCGUGUAAUGCUCAAGCUUAAUAAUAAGGGCAUCAUACGAAAUUCCAGCGGAGUAUCGAUUGAGGAGGAUCUUGCUGCGCCGCUUAUUAGGUGGAUCCCGGAUAUAGAUGAAGCAUACCAAGAACAGUUGGGACGAUACGCUGCAUCCUACAUUGUUAACGGUCGUUAUCCUCCAGCGCAUAUUAUUGGUAGAGCAGAAACAUUCAAGUUAGGUUCCUUAUAUAUAUAUACAUUGAAGGAGAAGUUAUUAGAUGUAAGGGCAGCAUGAUUAACUGCAUCGAUGUAUUGAUUAAAUCUUUUGACGUACUCAAUGUAAAACCGCCGGCUCAGUUGUACAAGUUAAUGGAUUUAAUUUCAAUACUGGGUUACAGGGUAAUGGUAUCCAGCAAGCGAAGCGGAGUGAAUGAGUUUUGUAAUUCUAUCUCUGACUACGAAAGAGCUAUUGCAAGCUCAGAUGAUGAAGAUUAGGAUUAGAAGGCUGACUGAUAUGUUACUAUUAAGUUAAUUUAUAAGUUUUACAUAUGAAUGAAAUACGCAUAUAUCCACAAUCCUUUAAGAAAUGUUAAAAGUUUAAAAAAAGAGCUGAUGUAUAUUUGAUGAUA